AUGCGCUGGACGAACGCUGUGCGCGGCGAGGCCGAGGCGCUCGACCUGACGCUGUACGACAAACCGGUGCCCCUCGCGCGCCAGCCGGUGGUGGGGCCCGGUGGACCGAAGCUGAUGUUCAAGAACGAUCAAGAGCGCAAGUGCUUCCACAGUAAGAGCUGGGAGGAGCGAGAGGCUUGUGAGACAGCAGCCAUGGAACUGUGCCUCGACGAGGCGGACGCCGUGUGUGAUGACCAUGCGGCCAACUUUUGCAGCCUGGUGUUGGAGCGGGACCGUGCAGGGUGA